AUGUUCGCCAAAGUGUUCGUAUUCGUCGCCAUUGCCGUGGCCUGUGCCGCUGGUAAGCCACUGACCGCUGCCGUCGUAGCUGCUCCUGCCGUCGUGACAGCCCAGAGCUCGCAGGUUUUCGCCCGGAACUACAACGGAGUUGCCGCAGCUUACACCGCGCCGGCUGUCGUGUCCGCUGCCUAUACUGCUCCAGUUGCUGCGGCCUAUACUGCUCCAGUUGCUGCUGCCUACACCGCCCCAGUUGCUGCUGCCUAUACUGCUCCUUUUGCUGCUGCCUACACCGCUCCCUUCGGGGCAGCUUACACCGCCUCGCCGUACGCUUCGUACUACCCGUAUGUGUUGUAA